AUGACCUCGCCAGCCGCAACGCCGGCCGAAGAUACGCAACGUCCCUUGGCCGAGUCCAUCGCCGCCGCGACCCGAUCUGUCCAUGCAAAGCUUAACAAGAUUAUCAUUGCUCGCCUGCCCUUGGCGAUCCCGCCUCGCGCGGCAGAUCCAUCACUCUACGCUUCUGGCCUCCUUCAUAUCACACCCAUCUACGACACCUUUGAGUCACUAUGGAAGAUCAUCGCAGAAUCACCACAACUUUCCACACCUGGCGAGGCCGGUAACGACUGUAAACUAAGCCAGCCUGAGCUUACACCGGUUUCGAACGUUGAAUCAAACCUACGACACCGACCUGCUUUAUGCGAGCGAACUCGCUCGAUACUGACGUCGCUGUACCUACCUGGACUCAUGCGUUCUGGUCGUCUGCAAGCCGAUAUCAGUUCCAUCACUGGAUGGUCCCCCGACGUUGUAAAUGAGCAACUGGCAGCCAUCUCUCAAUCAGGACGGCUUGCCGAGUUCACAAGGCACGUUAGGCGCACCAUUGAGAAGAAGCCUCACGUCCUAAUGGCCUACUCGUACAUAUUGUUCAUGGCUCUCUUUGCUGGCGGGCGUUUCAUCAGAGCCACCCUCGAGUCUGCGGUCAACAUGGCACGGGGUGACAACCGCGGGAAGAUUGAAGUCGGCGCAAAGCACAUGCGCCAUUCUCUACCUCUGAGCUUCUUCCAUUUUGCGACGGCACUGGACGGCGAGGACCUCAAGAAAGAGUUUAAGAAACGGUUGGCGGAAUCCGAGCAUCUCCUGACACCCCACGAGAGGCACGACAUCGUCCAAGAGGCCGUCUGUAUCUUUGACAGUAUGCUACUUCUCGUUGGCCAGCUGGACAAUGUGUGCGACACAGACUUGGAACAUGGCCCCUCCGUCUUGGAAUCAUGGGCAUCAUUGGCACCAGGCGGUCGUCUGCGCGACAGUGUAGCCAUUGCCCGAGACAGGAAGAGGGAAAAGAUGGCCUCGAAGAGUUCUGAGGACAGCGAGAAAUCCGAUUCGUGGCUCUCCAAACAUACAAGGCAGAAGACACGUGAGACUCCAGAGUCACAUGCUUUGAGCGACUCGGAGAAGCAGCCCCCAGCAUGCUGCCCGGCCUCCAAGUCUAUGAGAUUCGAGCCGAAGCUUGCGGGGGCGUGA